GGAGCCGCGCACCACCGAGGCCUUCAGGGCGAGACGGGCGGGCCUGCCGCCACCUUGCACGCGGGCGGUGCGGUGUUCGAGGUGGUUUCCCUCCUCUUUCUCUUUCUCUUUCUCCUCCUCCUCCUCCUCCUCCUCCUCCUCCUCCUACUCCUCCUCCUGUGUUUUUGGUUGCGACGCUGAAGAUGCGAUUCAACACUACUUACUUUGUGUACGGCUUCAACAUCAUGUGUGCCUGCCUCGCUCGUUUGCGCACGGUACGGUCCUGGAGAGGCUGGGCCCAGGAGGCGAGGACGCGUAUGCAACGGAGGAUAUGAAUGAGAGAUUGUUAUGGUCCACCACUCGACGAUUGUGUUUGUCCUAUUACAUGUUCUUGGAGUUGAAGAACUCCCCCGGCGGUUGGUGCGGAAGCUACUCGGCCAACACCCAAACACGGCCUGCUGCUCUGGACCGAUUCGACCUGGGAGGUAAUGUCGCCAGAGCGACGGCAGUGGCCGCCCGCCUUGACACUCGAGCUGCGCAUCGUGGACAGGAUGCUUACACGGCUGAAGCCCCCAACCCUGCCGUCCACGACGGCCACGACUACAAUGACAUCUCCGACGCUGCCGUCGCGGACGGCCACGACAACAUCGUCCUCAUCGACACCGGCUCCACCGAGCCCCACGAAGCGGACUUCGGCCUCCCCAAGUCCGUCAUCAUCUGAGGACCUCGGCCCUCCACUGUGCCCCGCCGCGGGCGCUGCCGCCGAGGAGACCCCGCCCCCUGAGUCCACUGCUGCUCCUCCUCCUCCUCCUCCUUCUCCUCCUCCUUCU